CAAAUCCCAGAGUCUCCCCCCCCUCCCUCCCCGACCAACCAGGACCAGAGUCUCCCCCUCCCUACACAACCAGGACCAGAGUCUCCCCCUCCCUACACAACCAGGACCAGAGUCUCCCUCUCCCUACACAACCAGGACCAGUCUCCCCCUCCCUACACAACCAGGACCAUGGAGACGCACAGACCCCUCCGGAUCCUGCUCUGCCUGAUCAGCGCUCAAGGCCUCGUUUUGGCGUUCAACAUCGACGCAAAGCGCCCUCAGGUGUUCCGCGGCCCGGAGGAGGCUCAGUUCGGCUACGCGGUUCUCCAGCAUGAAGCCGACGGACAGAAAUGGGUGCUGGUUGGGGCCCCGUGGGACGGGCCGAACGGCAGCAGGCAGGGAGACGUCUAUCGAUGUACCGUCGGCUCCCAGAGCAACUCCUCCUGUGCGAAGGUCAACCUAGGUGAACAGGCUCUGCGGAACGUCUCCAAGCACAUGAAGAACAUGCAUUUCGGGAUGGCGCUGACCCAGGACACACGUGGCGGGUUUGUGGCCUGCGCCCCUCUCUGGUCUCAGGAGUGCGGCUCCUCCAUGUACAGCACCGGGAUCUGUGCCAGCGUUGACGCCUCUUUCAGACCCACCGGGACCAUUGCACCGACCGCACAACGAUGCUCCACGUACCUGGACAUCGUCAUCCUCCUUGACGGAUCGAACAGUAUCUACCCCUGGUUCGAGGUGCAGAACUUCCUCAGCAACAUUCUCAGCAAGUUUUUCAUCGGCCCUGACCAGAUCCAGGUAGGGGUGUUGCAGUAUGGGGAAGUAGCCGUGCAUGAGUGGUCUCUGAAAGACUAUACAACUUCCCGGGAGGUGAUAGAUGCUGCCAAGAACAUCAGUCGCCAAGAAGGACGGGAGACUAGGACAGCAUUUGCCAUUCACAAAGCUUGCUCGGAAGCGUUCAGCCCUGAGAGGGGUGGAAGAGAAGGUGCAACCCGGCUCCUCAUUGUUGUGACUGACGGAGAGUCACAUGACGGGGAAGAGCUGCCCCUUGCUUUGGCCGAAUGUGAAAAGCGUGACAUCACCCGCUACGCAAUCGCGGUCCUCGGAAAUUACAUGAGGAGGCAGCAAGACCCCAAUUCCUUCAUCAACGAAAUUAAAUACAUCGCCAGCGACCCCGAUGAGAAGUAUUUCUUCAAUGUGACGGACGAGGCCGCACUGAACGACAUUGUGGAUGCUUUGGGGGAUCGGAUCUUCAGCUUAGAAGGGACUCACGGCACCAACGAAAGCUCCUUCCAACUAGAGAUGUCACAAGUCGGCUUCUCGAUUCACGUCCUGGAGGAUGGGAUUCUGUUUGGGACAGUUGGAGCGUACAACUGGGACGGGGCCGUGCUGAAGGAGUACAAGGACAGCCGGGUGAUGCCUCCUCGUUCAGCCUUUGAGAAGGAGUUCCCGGUCAAGAUGAAGAACCAUGCUGCUUACCUCGGUUAUACAGUUUCCUCCAUCACUCUUCGCAGUGGAAAAGCUCUGUACGUAGCCGGAGCUCCACGAUUCAAACACAAGGGCAAGGUCAUUUUAUUCGAGAUGCCCAGAAGAGGAGACCUGACCAUCUCUCAAGCCCUGGUGGGGGAGCAGAUUGGCUCAUAUUUCGGCAGCGAGGUGUGCCCAGUGGAUGUUAACAGAGACGGGGUCACUGACGUCCUCCUGGUGGCCGCUCCCAUGUUUCUUGGACAUCAUCACAAAGAAGCCGGACGGGUUUAUAUCUACAGGGUGGGGCAGGUGCUCCUGACCCUAAACGGGACGCUCCAAGCUGACCGCAAACUGCAAGACUCCCGCUUCGGUUACUCCAUGGCCAGCGCCCCGGACCUCAACCACGAUGGGUUCAACGACGUGGUGGUGGGAGCCCCGCUGGAGGACAACCACCGGGGGGCGGUGUACAUCUACCACGGGCGCGGCAACACCAUCCUGCCAUCUUACAAGCAGAGAAUAGACUCCGCCUCCUUCCACCAAGGACUCACCUACUUUGGCCGCAGCGUGAGCGCACUAAUGGACUUGGACGGGGACAGCCUGGUGGACCUGACAGUCGGGAGCCAGGGGGCCGUGGUCGUGCUCAGGUCUCGGGGUAUCGUACGGGUCAACGCCACCCUCCAGGUAACCCCGUCCUCCAUCAACAUGCUGCAGAAGAACUGCGAGCGGAAGGGCAAAGAGUCCGUCUGCCUCAAUAUCACCGUCUGCUUCUCCGUCAGCUCCAAGUUACCCGAAAAAUCGGACAUUCGCUUCGGUAUCCACUACAACCUCUCCCUGGAUGACCGGCGAGGGACCCCCCGCGCCGUCUUCGACAAGAGUUUCCAGAAGCUUACCAGCAAGCGCGUACGAAUCUCCACGGGGGUGGUGCUCUGUAUGAACGUCAGCUUCCACGUCAUCGACACAGCCGACUAUCUGAAGCCGAUCGGCGUUCUCCUGCGAUUCAACCUGAGCGACUCGGAGUCCAGCCCUGUGCUGGAUGACAAGUGCCCUUCAUCAGUGAGGAGGCUGGUCCCGUUCUUCAAGGACUGCGGGGAGGAUGACGAGUGUAUCACGGACCUCUCUCUGAGGGCGCAGAUGGACAUUGUUGGCACACGAGACAAGCCGCAUAUAAUCCGCAGGGAUCGGAAGAAGCUGGCGGUGGAGGUGGAGCUGGAGAACCGGAAAGAGAAUUCCUACAACACCAGUAUGAAGGUUUGGUUCUCCCGGAAUCUGCUCUUCUCCAGCAUAACUGGAAAGGGAGAAGCUCUGAGUAAGGUGGAAUGUACAGCGCUCUCAUCCAACACCAGAUCCUGCAGCAUCAGCUACCCGGUCCUGCGCUCCCUGGAGAAGGUUCAGUUCAUCCUGGAGUUCGAAUACGACUGCACCAAUCUCCUGAACCGCGUGCAGAUCAAGCUGUCGGCCAGCAGUGACAACAUUGAGAUGAACGACACGCUACAUGACAACGCCGUCCAACUCACCGCCAACGUCCGAUACCAACCCGAGCUCUUCACCCUGAGCGAGUCCAGCUUGAACCGGUACGAGGUGCAGCCAAUCCUGAGGCCGAGCCAAGACUCCGGGCCAGAGUUCAUCACAAAGUUCAAGGUGCAGUACCCGGACUGUUACCCUCUGCACAACGUCUCGGUGAACAUCCGCACCCCGGCGAUGGGCUACGGCAGCUCCUACUUCAUGUCCGUCUCCAGGAUCAUCUCCGACAAUGUCACCUGUGUGUUAUCCAACACCACCCGUCCGGGAACCGCCCUGCUGCCCAUACACCCCGAGGACCUGAUUCACACCCCCAUUGUGAACUGCAGCAACAGCCUCUGUGAGGUCAUCACCUGCCUGAUCCCUACCCUCCCCCGCAACACUGAGGUGUCCCUAUCCAUCCUACGCAUCAUCCACAACCACUUCUUCACCAACGCGAAGUUUCGAUCGGUUAAAGUGAUCAGCGAGUUCAUCCUGAAUGUGAAGGAGGACGGGGCCCUGUUCACCGACAACCCCCGGCACCGGACACAGAGUGUUCUGGAGUUGCUGCACCCCGUCCUCCUGCCGCUGUCCCUGUGGAUUCUGAUUGGAAGCGUCAUCGGGGGUCUCCUCCUA